AUGUCUUAUUACUCCAAAACCCUCUCACUGCUGGCUGCAGCCGCGUUGUCUGCUACGCAGAUUCAAGCUAUUGUGCUUCCGCGCCAAGGCUCAGCUGGUGUCACGACGAGAUAUUAUGAUUGCUGCAAGCAAUCCUGCUCUUGGCCUGGAAAGGCUGCUUUCAGCUCCCCGGUCACAACCUGCGACAUCAAUGACAACCCUCUGGCGGAUGCCAAUACUGUUAAUGGUUGUCCUGAGCUUGGCGAUGGGAAUGCGUACACUUGUUCCAAUCAAGUCGCAUAUGCUGUCAACGACGAUCUCGCCUAUGGUUUCGCGGCCGUCAGUGGUGGAGAUGAAGCAGCCACUUGUUGUGCUUGUUACAAGUUGACCUUCACAAGCGAGGCCAUAGCAGGUAAAUCCAUGAUUGUCCAGGCCACCAAUAUAGGAUAUGACGUCAAUAAUGUCCAAUUCGAUCUCUCCAUUCCCGGAGGUGGAGUCGGCGCCUUUCCCAAAGGCUGUACGAAACAGUACAAUGCCCCUGCCAAUGGCUGGGGCUCCUCGGGUGCUUACGGAGGCACAGCAUCCCGUUCUGAAUGCGAUGCCUUGCCCGCUAAGCUCCGUGAUGGAUGUUACUUCCGCUUCGACUGGUUCAAGGGAUCGGACAAUCCGACUGUGGAAUACGAGAGAGUCUCCUGCCCGGCUGAACUGGUCGCCAAGACUACAUGCAGGAGAGAUGAUGAUGAUAAUUAUCCGAGCGCUUUCAAAGGGGAGGAGACUUCGACUACUCAAGUGAAGGUUGUUGCAAAGUCAAAUCCUUCGCCUGAGGAACCCACACAGGAGGUCUAUGGGCAGUGUGCGGGCCAGGAUUACGCUGGUAUCACUGAGUGUGGCUCGGAGGCCAAGUGUGUCUUUCAAGAUGAGUGGUAUUCUCAAUGCCGGCCUUCAUUUUAA